GUUUUUUUCCCUCCCCAGCCCAAGUACGUUUUUCACCAUCUUUCUCGAGACACCUGCUGCACGCCCUCUGGCAAGGAGCCGAGAGCACUCUGAGCCGUCAGUAUCGCUGCACACAAUGCCGUCUGCGGCGGGAAUGCGUCAGCCGUCGAAGCGGAAGGGACAAGACUCAACAGAGCCGCCAAAGAAACGAGCACGAUCCCAGAGCACGAGCACGAGCAGUAAUAACCGUGCCUUGGCCGACAGUGACGACCAUGACAGCCACCACGGCGACCCCGGGGCAAAGAUCCUACUCCUCGAGACGGAAAUACUCGAGUCCAAACGACACUACAACAACAUCACCACCCUGCUCCACAUCGCCCGAGACCAGGACAAGAACCAUCAUGAGGCAUUGCUCGCCACGGUGGCCCUCUGCCGCAUCUUUAUCAGGCUCCUUGCUGCCGGCAGGCUCCUGAGGAGGAAAAGCUCGGCCGAGAAGGAUGUCAUUCUGGUGCACUGGCUCAGGGACCGCUUGGCUGAAUACAACGGCAUCCUGCUGUCGUUCCUCGCCAACGACGACAACGCUCUGACCGCCCUGACCUUGUCCAUGCGCCUGCUCAAGGCUCACGGCCAGUACCCAUACCGCGAGGGGGAUCAGCAUAGCUUCCCGAGGGUGCUUCUGAGAGAUAUCGUGGCCGCCGUGUGCCGUCCGGGGGCUGAACAAGUGCGGCGCGAGUAUGUUGAGAAGUUCGUCGACGAGUAUGAUGACGUCAGGCUGUACACAUUCAAGGCCAUCCAGGACAACCUCACAGAGCAAAAUCUGCGGGGGCCAUGCGAACCAGGGCCUGAGCACGACAGCCCGUUCGAGGCCGUCUUUGAGCUGCUCUCGUCUAUCGAGGGCGUGCCACAAUCCCGCGAGGAGCUUGUCGACUUCUACGUUGACCCCCCUCAGGAUCACAAGCGCCACGAGCUCUUCUCGGUCUCGAAACACAAGAAAGCGGCCCAGGACGCAUGGCUGGCUCUGAUGGGACGGGACAUGACGAGGGACCAGAGGAAACGCCUGCUUGACAACAUGUCCGGGAUUAUCGCGCCGUGGUUCACAAGGCCAGAGUUGCUGAUGGAUUUUCUCACCGACUGCUACGACUCAGGAGGCUCCAUGUCCCUACUGGCGCUCUCCGGUGUCUUCUACCUAAUUCAGGAGCGGAACCUCGACUAUCCCGCGUUCUAUACGAAGCUUUAUUCCCUGCUGGACGCAGACAUACUCCACUCCAAGCACCGCUCUCGCUUCUUCCGUCUCCUCGACAUAUUUCUCGCUUCCUCCCAUCUACCCGCCGCCAUCGUGGCAAGCUUCAUCAAACGUUUGGCACGGCUCAGUCUGAAUGCCCCACCAAGCGCAAUAGUCACAAUCAUUCCAUGGAUGUACAAUCUCUUCAAGAAGCACCCGACCACCACCUUCAUGAUGCACCGGGCGCCCCGGACGCAGGAGAAGAUAGAAAGGCUCGCCACCGAGGGCAUGAAUGACCCUUUCCAACCCGACGUGCAGGAUCCCAUGGAGACACACGCCAUUGACAGCUGCAUCUGGGAGGUUGUGCAACUCCAGACACACUACCACCCGAAUGUUGCCACUAUUGCCAAGAUUGUGUCUGAACAGUUCACUAAGCAGUUUUACAACAUGGAAGACUUUCUCGAUCACUCGUACGCUAGCCUACUUGAGGCGGAAAUGGCGAAGAAAAUCAGGAAAGCCCCUGUGGUAGAGUUUCAGAUUCCAAAGGGGAUCUUCCUCCCUCUGCAUGAGGGCUCGCAAGCCGAGAAUUACCUCCAGAUGAAGCUCUGGGCCUUCUCAUAGCAUAUCACAUACAAUAAAACUUAUUUUAUUAAUAA